CCUGUGUUCUUUCUGCAGGUCAGAUUGAGCUGUACACGCAUUUGCCUGUGAUGAAGCAGCUAGUCCAGCAGCUGGAGCAGUGGGAGUUCCGAGUCUGUGGAGUUUUUCUUGUCGAUUCCCAGUUCAUGGUGGAGUCAUUCAAGUUCAUCUCUGGCGUCCUGGCAGCCCUGAGUGCCAUGAUCUCUCUGGAAAUUCCUCAAGUGAACAUCAUGACCAAAAUGGACCUGCUGAGCAAGAAAGCGAAGAAGGAAAUUGAGAAGUUUCUGGAUCCUGAUAUGUAUUCUUUAUUACAAGAUUCCACAAGUGGCUUAAGAAGCAAAAAAUUUAAAAAACUGACUAAUGCUAUUUGUGGACUG